GGCAAAAUCUGAUGGGAAAAGGCUUGAAAUCAAAACAUCUCUUUUCCUUAGCGACAUAUUAAAUAUGACUUUGAAGCAAAAAUACCUUGAAACGUAAAUGAAACCCAUUGUUUAGCUGAUAGCGACUGUCGGCCUUUGAGAUGUUUCUUCUUAUAACAUGCCUGCUGUUUUCAGCGCCAAUUAACGUGUUGUAAUCUGAACUUUUUUCCACCUACGACACAGUCUGGCAAGGUUGUGGUAAAACUGAGACUGACGCCUUUUUAAUUUAUCCCUCUCUGCUGUGUAAGUAAAUACUGAUAGACUCUUCACACUUAUUCAGAAGCCCAGUUAACUCUUUUACUACUGACUAAUAACAUAGAAGUUAGCUGAUUGGCAUGGUAACGUUAAGUUUAACAUAACGUGAGCUAGUGCCGCAUGAGCAAACGGUGAAAGACUAUGAGUAAAGAGUCCAGAAUGAGAGCAACAGUAAACCAGAAGCUGACAGAGAUGGGGGAACGAGAGAGACUGAAGGAGUUACUGAGGGUGAAGCUCACUGAGUGUGGAUGGAAGGACCAGAUGAAAGCUCACUGCAAAGACGUAAUCAAAGAAAAAGGCCUGGAGCAUGUCACUGUUGAGGACCUGGUGGUAGAGAUCACUCCUAAAGGAAGAGCUUUGGUGCCAGACAGCGUGAAGAAAGAACUUCUCCACAGAAUAAGAGCCUUCUUGGCUCAGCAUGCCACAUAAUUUAGUUUUUUAACACUUCCUUAGACCACUUGCCUAUAUCAUCAUCAUAGAUAAUAUUUUAAUGAAUUUAUUUACUUGAAUCUUAAAGGUUUUUUUUUCAUUAUCUUGAAACAUCAGAGACACACACAACCUUGGUUGUUUGGAUGUGCGGUUUUACUAAUUCUGUGACUACAGUUAAGCAAUUGUUAAUGCACUUACCUUGCACAUUUAGUUAUCCUUUAUAUAAGAAAUAUGCUAUAGAAACAAAGCUUUUGAUUCAUGAACAAUAUUAAUUUAAUAUAACAUAUAAAAAAUAAAGAUAUAACAAUAACAAAAUAAAAUAGAAGCUUUUUUUCCUG